AUUGUGUAUGGAUUUGUUUGCUAGAGCACCGCUGGCACCUUUCGAGGGUGGUGGUGUAUGUGAUGAUCUUGACGGUUCUGAGACAUCCUCAUUAGUUGCUGACACUGACCAUCAAAUAAAACGAGUUUCGUCGAUCCCAUUCGAUGCUAGCUUCUCUUUUGAAGAUUCACUCACUGACCUUAUUGGGAAUUUUGAUGAAAAGGUAUAUCAUUGUUUCGAAAAUGUUGACGUGGACCCUGAAAACGCACAAAAGAUUAAUUUUCCAGGAAAUGUUCCAACUUUAAAUGACGUUAAGCAAUGGUGGGCUGCAGCUGCGAAAGAGUUCGUACCCACUGAAUCUUACCCGCUUCAUAGCUUACCAAGUAACGUUAAUUUGUAUGAUCUCGAUCAAUUCGAACUUGCAGAUGCUGAUGGAAUAACUGAAGAUGGAGUUAUAAAAACAAGUUUGUUACAAACAUGCAGUGCUUUAAAUUACUCAAACGAAUCUAUUUAUUCAGGACGAGGCACUGUUACUACUUUAUCCUUGUCAUCCGUGUCAGUUAGUCCUCGUUCAUCAACACUUGAUGGAGGUUUUCCAAAUACAUUGGCCCAAAUCCCCGAUAGUGGAAUCUCAAACACCGACGAAGAGCUAAACAGUUACUUUAAAGAUUUUGAUGAUGAAAACAUCCUUGACAUUUUUCAAUCUCACCAUCCUUCCCUACCUUUGAAAAAAACUCAAAGUUGGGUAGAUGACCUUCAGAAUUUGAAAAUCAGCGUUCUCAAGCUUUAUGUUCAGCAAAUGAAUGAAGAAAUUAUGCAACUUUCAGAUUGUUUAGUGGAUUCUCUAGCGGAACGAGACGAGCUUUUAAUGCUUCGUGAAGCCAGUGAUGACUUUAUUAUAUUACUUAACUUGGUCCACGAGCGAAAAACUCAGGCAUCCAAAGCAGCUCUUCUAGCAACAGCCAAAAGCUUGAUUCGUUCCAAAACUUUGUUUCGUGUCACUACUCCUUGGUUUACUAAAAGACCACAUAUAUCUGCUUCUAGUACACUGUCGCUAGUUGGAUCUCAAGAUAUCGAGAAACCAGGCACCACAUCACCUGUCAGAAAUGAACCAAACCCAGUAAAUUCAGUUCAUUUAGAUUUACAAAAUAAUUCUGUUGCUUAUGUCGUCUCCCUUAAUCUUCAUUCAAAACUAAGAAGACCCAGAACACAACCAAUACAUGUUCACAGGACAAAUCAUUCAGAUGUUAAGAGUGUUUCUAACUCAGUCAGUUCGAUUGAUUCUAAGCAACUAAAUGAAUCACAUCUAUCUAAAUGUGCUGAUUUAUCUUCAGAAAGCAUUAAAUCAAUACCUACCAGACAAGCGAAAAUACGAUAUGAAGCUCUCGUGAAUUUGUGCAACUCUACUAAUUGGCCGAACGGUAAACCGCAAAAUAGUCGAUCCUUACUUUUAUGUAUACCCUAUCGAAUCAAACCGGGCGUUGGAAUUUCCAUUCAAGAACUACGUCUACUAAAUCAAAGUGAGUUUUUAGAAUGAAAUUAGCCUAUAAAGUUAAUGUCUACUAGUCUUAGCUAUAGAAUCCGUGAUAUAAUCGACACCUGCGGUUAGAAAUCUUAGGUUAUAUGGUUUUGUCAGUCAAAUUGAUAAAGUUGAAUUUAUUGCAGAUUUUCCUUGAUGUAAUAAGCUUAAUAUUAUUCCAUACUUUUGACCCGUCUUCCUCAUUUUUUAUAUUCAUCGUUACAGUGUAACAAACAGUAUUUUCACUCGUGCUUUUCGUCUACGUAGUUUCCUCUCACUCUACUGCUGAAUGGUGUAGUAACUUGGGUCAGUUCAUUUGUAUUUCAGGUCAUAAAUGGCCUAUGACUUACUGACUAAUUAAUGCAAUAUUUCAGUGUACAUAACCAAAAAUGAUCAUUUUAAACUAAUCCUAUCGCACUGAACUGAGAAAUAGAUAAUGGAAGUAUUUUAUCCCAGCUUUACGACAUAGAAAUCAUUCAUUUGAAAUGAGUUAGCCUGUUACAACAGAGAAUAAGAUCGGUAGAAGUAAAAAUGAUUUCAGAUUUUAUAAAUAAGCAGAAAAACUGUCUUCUAUAACUAGUCGACCCAAUUAAAACGUUUUAAAAUACUGAGACAUAUUUUCCUUCGAUCAGAAACAGUAAGUACCAUAGCUUACCACUGUUAUAAUUAGCUUUUUAUAUGCAUCUUAUAGAAGUCGAAUGGGCUACUUGUUUUUUUUUUCACUGAACACUUCAAAACAUUUUAUUCGAUUGAUUAGUAUGUUGGAUUUCUUGCAUGGAUUUAGAAAAUGGUUGUCCGUACUAAACAUGUCUUCCCACUAAAGAUGUAUUCUAGUGAUUCGUUGUAUAGCAUUUUUACUAAACCUUGUCUGUUGGAAACUAAUUGUAUGCAAUAUUAAGUUCUUUAGCGUAUUAGAUAUUAUUUUGUACAUAUACUUAACUGUGGAUCCUGAAUCAAUUUCCUUUUCCGUAGUUCUUUAUGCUACUGUUCUUGAAAACCCCAAAAUAGAAAAAUUACUCGAAAGUUACAUAAUGAACGGUGAGUUGACCAAACCACUGUAAAUUUCUUGUAUUUUUUCUUAUUGUUUACCGUUUUAAGUUGUCAACGUGAGUGGUUGCUGUUAUAGAGAUAAUUAGAUUCUAAUACCCAGUCAAUAAUAUUAAAAUUUAUUUGUAUGGUGAACAAAGACAUAAUUAUGCCUUACAGCUAGAUUAGUAAGAAAAGUUACAGUUGUUACAACAGUUUUAAACCGUAGCUAACUAGAUGUCAUGUUGCCACAUAUGGGUACUGAAAUAUUUUAUGUUAGAUCUGUAUCUGAUUAGUUCCAUAGUUUGUUGGAAGUACUUUAUUGAUCCCCACCUUUUCAGACAAUUCGAACCUUCAGUAGAGUAACAUAUUAAAAAAGAACCUUAAAAUUUGAUAAUAAAUUGUUGCUGCUCAUGCCAAGUACACAUUAUCAGAAAACGUCAACCGUCAUCUUGUGUAGUACAUACUUCUCCACACGUAACUCUUCCUCACUCUUAUCUGUAUUUCUUCUUUUGAAUAUUCUCGAAUUCACCGUCCUAAUAACAACACGGUUUAAAAGUUCGGGUUUACAUUUUUUCAGAGACACUCAAAGCCGACUUAAAGUAAAUGUUACUCAGUAGUCAUAUUUUCUUCUUAAGAUUUGUAUUAUAGGUGUUUGUUUGAUCGCUUUGAGCAGCUAGGUAGUAUAAUUAGCCCUAAUACCCAAGUGCCUGGUAAAUGAAAUGAUUUAUCGCUUUCAUUUUGUUCAGUUGAAGGAUUGUGACAGAUUAUUUUAUCUUCCUACAUUUUCAGCACCCUCGUUUGUGAUUGUCAACUUAUUUCAUCACACCAAUGUUUAGUUCCUCAACAUCAUUGAUACUAAUAUUAUGUCGACUUUCUUAGUAGUAAUCUUAUCAAUCUCAUUUCUAUUCGCUGAUAUGGUAUGGCAACUUGAGGUGACAUAUUUUUGUUUACCCCUACGCUAAUUAUGAGUGACUGACUGACUGACUAAAUCACUUAAAUACAACUAUUAUUUCAUCUAGAACACAUUUCUACCGUUAUUAUUUUUGCCAUUUCAAGUUAUCGUUCAUGAAGAAAUAUGAUCCUGUCCUAAUCAUGUAUGAAUUUCUAGUUCACUCUAUUAUGAACGGCUGGGUUACAGAUUCACAUCCUUACUACCUAUUGUGAUCAAUACUUUUACUCUUGGAAAAAUAAGUCAAGCCUAAGGCUUAACAUGUUAUCCUGAAUAUGAUUUUUAAGUCCUAAUUUGUUUAUUAUUAUUUUGAUAAUUAGGUAAAAUAGUUAAUUGAGUUAGUGUACUUCAUAAAUUGUCGGGUGAUCAUCAUUUAUGUCAGUUCAAUUCCUCUUUAUGAGUAAGAAGAAAUGAAGCAAGUAAAUUCUGUGUAAUUGAAGUUAUUAGUUCUAAUUGUUUGGUUUUAAUAGUACUAAGCCGUAGUAGAAUGUAAUUAGUUAAAUUAUUCUAUAGAAUAACAUUUCCUUGCGUUCAAUGUAGCUCACGAAUUCCAACUACAUUGCUCCAGAAAACUAGUUGUAGAUACUAACCACCUAUCCAGAUCAAAUUCGAUUUAACUUGUUUAUAACCAUAGAAUUAAUAGUUGGAAUUUGAAUACAUACACCAUUGAUCUAAAGUUCCAUAACUGACUAUUUGAAUGUCUUUUCUUUCGAAUUUCAGUUACUAAUUCUAACGACAUUGCUAACUGGAUAAAAACUGUUGAACCUCUUCGAUGUUAUGAUUCUAAAAAGUUGAAUGGUGUUUCAUGCCAAAAUCAACAUCGUAAUCAUCUCCUAUCGACAUCAAUGCAAACUCAAUGUGCUUGAUUGUCUUUCAUAAUUCAUCGUUUUUCCUCAUGCUUCCAUUUUGAUUUACAAAGUAUAUUGCAUUUUCCAGAAAUUUUUUCAACGCUUAGUGUGUGGAUUUAAAGCUAAAAUUUUUAUUGGCAUUAAUAACCAAUUCUCAAAUUAAAUAUCCUGGCCAGUGUAUGCAUUCUAUUACUUUCAACAAAUUACAAUCAAGUAUUGUCUAAUGCCUACAGCUUUUACUACAUUAAAAUUGAGCAAGAUUUGAUUUACUACAUACAUAUUUAUAUCUAUACUUAAUUUUAUGUCAUUAAGUUGACACUAGUGCUUUUUUAACUUCAUUUUUUCCUCAUCUCUUUAAAUUUUAUCUACUUGUCAUGUAAUUGCAUUAAUUGAUCUUUUUUUGGUUACCACACUCAUUUACUUUUGCUGUUUUGUUUUUAUAUGAAGUCAACGUUAGAGACAAGUUUCUAUCAAUGCUUUUGUUGUAUAUCACACAAUAAAGACAUUUAUUAACGUGCUUUCGUCAACCAUAUAUUAGUAGGGAAACAGUGUUCAUAAUUCUUGCUCACUAUUGGCUUCGGUACUAAAGAUGGUUAUAAAUUGUUCUUUGUUGUCAAGAUAGCCUUUUUAAGUUUAUUUAUAUAUUACAUAUUCUUUGUUCAUUCUUGGCAUUACUACAUGCGCUUGAAAAAUGCGUGUUACUUUCAUCUACCUGUGAAUUGUGCAAUAUUUUAUUGUUUUAAUUAUGUCAUGUUUACGGUGUUCU